GAGGGUGAGAGAGAGAAUCCCAAGCAGGUUCCACACCAUCAGCACAGAGUCCAGUGCGGGGCUAGAACCCACGAACCAUGAGGUCACAACCCGGGCAGAAACCCAGAGCCGGACGCUUAAUCAGCUGAGCCACCCAGGUGCCCUCUGCAUUUCUAACAAGCUCCCUGUGAUGCUGCUGCCCAUGCGCUGUAUUUUGAACAGAAAGACCCCAGAGAAGGCAGACACUGGUUUCCCAGGGUCCCACCAGAUGGUUUGGUACAUAGCUAGAGCUCAGGAGGGCUAGGACUUGGCCACAAACCUGCACCACCUGGGAGGAGAGGGCUGUGGGGGCCUCCGAAGGGCCUUGAACACUUCAGGAUAUGCGGUUACAAAACGGGGCAGUGGCAUCAUGGAUGCCCCUUUAUUUGGGUUUGGUGGGUGGGUUGGCCCCUCCUACCCCAUUAGGUUUACCUUUCAGGCAUGCUCAGGCAGGGCCUGUGAGAAAACGGAGUCUGCAGACUUUGAGCCCCUCGGUGGGUACCCCUUGACAGGGAGAAAGACAAACGCAACAUUCCAGGCCACUCACAGCCCAGCCUCCGAGUAUGUGCCCGGAGUGAUGGCGGAUCUGGGUCCGCUCGGGCUCCCCACCUCUCUGGGGUGGUCAGCUGAUCCUCCCCUGCUCACCUGGUCUCACAGGUCCCUGGAUGAGAAGGAGCUGACAGCAGCUGAGCCCCACCUUCUCUGAGUGCCGGGGAGCGGGGCUGCGUGGCCCAGGCGUCACCAAUGCCUAAGAACAGCAAGGUGACCCAGCGUGAGCACAGCAGUGAGCAUGUCACGGAGUCGGUGGCUGACCUGCUGGCCCUCGAGGAGCCCGUGGACUACAAGCAGAGCAUCCUGAAUGUGGCAGGUGAGGCUGGCGGCAAGCAGAAGGCGGCAGAGGAGGAGCUGGACGCGGAGGACCGGCCGGCCUGGAACAGCAAGCUGCAGUACAUCCUGGCCCAGAUCGGCUUCUCCGUGGGCCUGGGCAACAUCUGGAGGUUCCCCUACCUGUGCCAGAAAAAUGGAGGCGGUGCCUACCUGGUGCCCUACCUCGUGCUACUGAUCAUCAUCGGGAUCCCACUCUUCUUCCUGGAGCUGGCUGUGGGCCAGAGGAUCCGCCGUGGCAGCAUUGGUGUGUGGCACUACGUGUGCCCCCGCUUGGGGGGCAUCGGCUUCUCCAGCUGCAUAGUCUGCCUGUUUGUUGGGCUAUAUUAUAAUGUGAUCAUCGGCUGGAGCAUUUUCUACUUCUUCAAGUCCUUCCAGUACCCGCUGCCCUGGAGCGAAUGUCCUGUCACCAGGAAUGGGACUGUGGCAGUGGUGGAGGUAGAGUGUGAAAAGAGCUCAGCCACCACCUACUUCUGGUACCGAGAGGCCUUGGACAUCUCCAACUCCAUCUCGGAGAGCGGAGGCCUCAACUGGAAGAUGACCCUGUGCCUCCUGGUGGCCUGGAGCAUCGUGGGCAUGGCCGUGGUCAAGGGCAUCCAGUCCUCUGGGAAGGUGAUGUAUUUCAGCUCCCUGUUCCCCUAUGUGGUGCUGGCCUGCUUCCUGGUCCGGGGGCUGCUGCUGCGAGGGGCUGUCGAUGGCAUCCUACACAUGUUCACCCCCAAGCUGGACAAGAUGCUGGACCCCCAGGUGUGGCGGGAGGCAGCCACACAGGUCUUCUUCGCCCUGGGGCUAGGCUUCGGGGGUGUCAUCGCCUUCUCCAGCUACAACAAGCAAGAUAACAACUGUCACUUCGAUGCUGCACUGGUGUCCUUCAUUAACUUCUUCACCUCGGUGCUGGCCACCCUCGUGGUGUUUGCUGUGCUGGGCUUCAAGGCCAACAUCAUGAACGAGAAGUGUGUGGUCGAGAAUGCCGAGAAAAUCCUGGGGUACCUCCACACCAAUGUCCUGAGCCGGGACCUCAUCCCUCCACACGUCAACUUCUCGCACCUGACUGCCAAGGACUACACGGAGAUGUACAAAGUCAUCAUGGCCGUGAAGGAGGACCACUUCUCAGCUCUGGGUCUCGACCCCUGCCUCCUGGAGGACGAGCUGGACAAGUCCGUGCAGGGCACAGGGCUGGCCUUCAUCGCCUUCACUGAGGCCAUGACGCACUUCCCGGCCUCCCCGUUCUGGUCUGUCAUGUUCUUCCUGAUGCUCAUCAACCUGGGUCUGGGCAGCAUGAUUGGGACCAUGGCCGGCAUCACCACGCCCAUCAUCGACACCUUCAAGGUGCCCAAGGAGAUGUUCACAGUGGGCUGCUGUGUCUUUGCAUUCUUCGUGGGGCUAUUGUUCGUCCAGCGCUCCGGAAACUACUUUGUCACCAUGUUUGACGACUACUCUGCCACCCUGCCGCUCACCGUCAUCGUCAUCCUUGAGAACAUUGCUGUGGCCUGGAUCUAUGGAACCAAGAAGUUCAUGCAGGAGCUGACAGAGAUGCUGGGCUUCCGGCCCUAUCGCUUCUAUUUCUACAUGUGGAAGUUCGUAUCUCCACUGUGUAUGGCUGUGCUCACCACGGCGAGCAUCAUCCAGCUGGGGGUCACGCCCCCCGGGUACAGCGCCUGGAUCAAGGAGGAGGCUGCGGAGCGCUACCUGUACUUCCCUAACUGGGCCAUGGCACUCCUGAUCACCCUCAUCGUCGUGGCGACCUUGCCCAUCCCUGUGGUGUUCAUCCUCCGGCACUUCCACCUGCUCUCUGAUGGCUCCAACACCCUCUCCGUGUCCUACAAGAAGGGCCGCAUGAUGAAGGACAUCUCCAACCUGGAGGAGAACGAUGAGACCCGCUUCAUCCUCAGCAAGGUGCCCAGCGAGGCACCCUCCCCCAUGCCCACUCACCGCUCCUACCUGGGGCCCGGCAGCACGUCGCCCCUGGAGACCAGCGGCAACCCCAAUGGACGCUAUGGGAGCAGCUACCUCCUGGCCAGCACCCCCGAGUCGGAGCUGUGACCACCGCCCCACCCUGCCCUGCCCACCUCUCCCCCCACACCCAUCCAGCCUGCUCGUCCCGGCCUGGCCUCGAUUCCUAGGCCAGGCCCUCUGCCCACGGAGAGGGGGGGUGCCCUCCCUCAUCCCCCACCCCAGUCCCGGCCAGCUCCUCCCUAGACCUGAGCAGGGGCCGGGAGAAACUCUGUCCCCAGUGCAGGCUCCCAGCCCAUCUCACCUCCUGAGACCCGCUCACCAAAUUGCAGCUGAUUAACGAGAACAAUCCAGAAGUCCGGAUUCCCAGCACAGUGGAGACUGCAAGUGGCCACUGUAGGGGUCACUCUCCCUACCCGCUCCCUGUAACCUGGCACCUGUCGUUCUUAGGUCCUGGGCAUCCCUCCGUGCCGCCAGGUGGUGGUGAGAGGCUCGGCGUCGGGUAGGACAGGGUGUGGGGCAGCCCAGAGGCUGAUGAAUUCAAGGUUGGGGACGGGACGAUUGUGUCAGGACUCAGGGCUCAGACUUGGGACAGAAUCUUGUGGAAGUCCCCAGGUUCUGUUUUGGGAGGCAGAUAGCGCUCUCUGGCUUGAGUGCAAGCCUCUGCAGUGGAAGGGGGGCUGGGCACGGGGGCCCUUGGCCUGCAGCACAAUUCAGAUGGUUUAGAGCACAAUUGCGAAGCACACUCCCUCUCACCCGGGGGCCCAAACUUUCUCACUAGCGGCAGCUUCUCCCCUGGAAUGAGGGUCCCUGGAGUUCAGGGGCUCGUACCCAGCAAACCUCAUCCCUAGGGAAAGACAGAUAACUUCACUGCCCCUUUGGGCUGCCACUCACUCUCCUUGUUCGAGCACAGCCAGCGCCAUGUGCAUGUCAUGUGUGAAUAUCUCGGGAACCUUCCCCAAGCCGCCCGGCCCGUGACAGGGAGGGCACGGGCAGUGCUGUGGGCACCGGGGUUGCCCAGGAGAAGGGCCGGGUCUCUGUCCUGGGGCCCAGCCCCCGCCACAUCCCCACCCACCCCUACCUGAGGCCUCCCCCAGAAGAGGGCUGCCCUCGGAGUGCAGGCUGGGAGGACUGGAGUCCGGCUGGAGAAUAAUGUCUGCAGAGCGCUGGAUGGGCUCGUGGAAGGAUGGUCGCGUGGAUGCACGGGCGUGGAUGGAUGGAAGGCAGGCAGCCUGGCGGGGAUGGCGGAACUCCAAUUGUGAGAGCUGAGGUACACGGGGUAGCAGCGGGCCACAGUGCUAGGCCCGGGCACCUUCACGCAACAUCCCGAGUCACUCCCAUGUUCUCAGCGCUGGGAGGGACAGGCCACACCCAGGGUUCCCUCCUUCAUCCCCUAGCCCCGUGGUCCCCCCCACCAACUCGACAGGGGGCCCCUCCCCCCGCAUCUGCUCCCAUUUCCAGCCCUCUGGCCACACCUGUCCUUUCUCAGUGUGAGGAGGGGAAGGAGACCCACAUGUCCCCGAAGACAUGAGCUUUUGGGGCACAGCAUCCCGCCUCAGGCACCUCACCAACACCUCCUACCUGGCCCCAUGCCUAAUCCCAGCAGACUUAGCAACAGGAAAAGCAAGGCCCCAGGAGAGACACUCUACUAUAUAUACUCUUCUAUAUAUUCUAUUUCUAUUGUAUAUUCAAUCUGUACAUGUGGGUGUAAAUGCUGUUAAAUGACAAACCCAAUAUUAUACUGUGGCUGGUGGACUAUUUUCAUCCUCAGUGCUGUACAGAUCUAUUUUCAUUGUAUAUUUGAUAUAUUUUUAAUUUUGUAGCGUGUGGCUGGGCCAGGCCCCAGCCUGCCAGCCUGCACCAGGGCGGUUGAGCGGGGCCGUCUGCUUGGUUCUUACGGGCCGGGUAGUGCUUGUAGCCUUUGGCUGCGGGCCGGGCCCCGUCCCGGCUGUGGCUCUGCUGUGUUAGACAUAAGGCCUGGAGCUUGGUGCGUGCGUGCGUGUGCGUGCGUGUGUGUGUGUGGUGCGUGCACCUAUCUGGGUGUGGGUGCGUGUAGGUGAUUCGUGCCGGCCCGUGUUCACCACGUCCCUGCAGACCACACUGGCCCUCUCCCUGCCUCCCCCCUCAGCUCUGUCAGGCAAGGCCUCGGGGCAGGGUGCUGUGGGGAAAGGCAGGUGUUUCUUGCUGGUGGCCCAUUACCUUCCUACCCCUGGGCUUGCCAGAAACAGGGAAGGAGGGGCUUUGGGGUGGGGGGGACAGCCCCCAAAUUUAUUUUCUAGCCAACUUCUUGCUGUUCCCUCUGGAGUCACAAGCUUUGCAUCCUGAGGAAAAGUGCUGGGUUUCUUAAGAUGGGGAGACCCCAGGAGAGCCUCUCCCAGCGCCUCUGUCCCGUGUUCAUCCUUGAGACAGUCCUGAGAGGGCUCAGAAAGGAACAGCUUCCCUUUCCCUGCGCUUUUGACACACACUCCUCACUCCUCAGGGGGGCUGGGAGCGGUUGGUCAAGGCCAGAAGAGGUGAGGCAUCUGACAAGGUGAGAUCCAGCCCCAGAUUCCCUGGAGGAGCGGGAGGGGCAGGCCCCCACAUCCCUGUGUCGGGUCCACGUCCCUUACCGGCUUUGGUGCUGUCCAUGCAGUGCCCACAGGAGACAGCGGACUCAGGGCAGGCAGGGCGGGGUGGGGGGGGAGUGCCUGAAAGCGUCCCCCGGUCCCUGCUCCUGCCUGUCCUCCAGCCCCGGUCACCAGCUUCUUCCUCGGGGAGCCCUACUCCGCUGAGGCGAUGCGAAGCCUGGGCUCCAGAUGGGGGUGGACAGGUGGGGCAUACUGGCGAGGGGUUGGCUUUUGCCCUCCAGCAAUAAAUCUGAGGGGACGUCUUUCCUAGUGCCAGGAGAAGCCUUCCUGAGUCAGCCUGCCAUAGGUGGUGAGGCUGGGGGCCACAAGCUGCGUGGUGCCAGGCCCUCAGCAGGCCUGUAGUAUUAUAGGCAGGGGGCUCCCCUUCUGCCCUUCCUCACAGCUACACCCGCCUGUCCCCCCAGAGUACUGCCACGGUGGGAGAGAGCAGAGACAUGAAGUCCGUGUGCCCCGUGACUGGCCAGGGCCCUGGGUCAAGACCGCUCAGCCCAGGGGAGGGGCCAAGGCAUCGUCAUCCCCCGACCCCCUCCUUCCUUUCUACUCCCCCCACCCACGGUGUACAAUAAAGUGUCUGUUCUUACCAAA